UCGUCUAUCAAUCCGAAGUUCGGAUCUGGGGGAUCGAAUCGUGCUCGAACAGAGCAACAGUCAUCUGACCAAUCAAACGGAAACGCAAAUCGUCGCCCGAAACUAUCACCGGUGCGCUUCUUUAUCCUGCUCGUGUCUGCCGGUUUGACGUUCUUUGCGGGCUACGCGCUGACGCAUAAUGCACCCUAUGUGAUGGAUAUGCAGAAGUUCAUGUAUCUGUUGGAACGAGGUGAGGUACAGAGUAUCGUGUUGCAUCCGCGUAGACGAUUCGCUAUUGUGAAACUGCACACACCACUACGGGAGGCCGGUGAUAAGGUGAGCGAGAAAAUUCCACUCACAGAUUGUUGUCCGAUAUUCCUCAUCGUGUUCACUUCAAUCAACUGGUACUUUGCUGUCCUGCAUUCGUUCAACGGCUGCUACUAG